CAGGUCUCUCAGGCGUCAGAGGUCACAAGUUUAACCUUUCUCCUAUUCUCCCUAUUCCUCCUUCCUCCCUCGGUAAGUCUCUCCCACUCCAUCCUCCACUUUUAUUUUAUUUUCUGGCUGCUUUCUUUUCAGACGUUUUCAACAAGAAAGGAAAAGUACCAGUCUUAUGUGUCUCCUGGGCUCAUUCUCUUCUACUACAGUUCAAACCUUCUUCUACCUUUGUCUUCUCUUCGCUCCUUAUUACUAUUCCUUUUCCCUCUGCUUUUCACUCUCUCUGUCUCCCAUGUACGUACUCUUCCGCCCCAAAAGCUGCCCAUCACGCCUUACGUCCUAGACCUUCUCUACUUUUCACUUCGCAUUACCUCUACGUGCUCGUUUGCGUUUCUUCCCAUAUCGCAUCCCUCUCGUUCGACAGAAGCAAGCAAGAUGCUUCCUUUCAGGAGUUUCUAUGGGUUUGAGAGCUGGUUAGAUCAGAGUGCGUAUUCUCAGGAACCCAGCUCAUCCAUCAAGUCCGUGGAAUUGGAUAACGGGAAACCAAUUCUGAGCGCCACAUCAAAGUCUGAGAGGAAGUCGAUGGAAGCAUGCAAGAGCCAUAGAGAAGCUGAGAGGAGACGAAGGCAGCGAAUCAACGCCCACCUCUCCACUCUACGUUCCCUCCUCCCUAACGCCGUAAAGUCGGACAAGGCGUCGUUGCUGGCAGAGGUGGUCCGACACGUCAAAGAGCUGAGGAAACAGGCUGAUGACGUGACGCGCCAUCACGACGGAGACUCGUCGGGCAGCACCAUCAGCGGAGAAUCUCGGUCGGAUCCCGGAGACUCGGAGCAGUGGGCGUUCCCGGGAGAGUCGGACGAGGCAACUGUGAGUUACUGCGACGGAGGCGGAGAGAGGAAACUCGUAAAAGCCACGCUCUGCUGCGAGGACCGGCCCAAUCUGAACCGUGAUCUAGAGGAGGCCAUCCGUUCCGUUCGGGCCAAGGCGGUGCGAGCCGAGAUGAUGACCAUUGGUGGGCGAACCAAGAGUGUGGUGGUUGUCCAAUGGACUGCUGGAGAAGAGGAGGUUGGGGCACUGGAACGGGCUUUGACAGCUGUAGUAGAGAAUCGGGCCCUCGUGGGGUCUAGAUUGGGCCGAAUGUCCUUGGGCCAAAAACGGGCCCGACAUUGUCACGGCUUACCUAGUGAGGGCCAAAGCGGCUUCUUGCUGGGGACUGCGAACAUGUAAUCAAAUGCAGACAUAGGAUCGAAUCAGUAAAAGCUGAGAA